AUGUUUGUGCGGAGACCCUCCUCCGGGGAGCGACGGCGCUCGGCUGCGCCCCGCUCUCCUCCUCUCCACCCCCUCACCUCCAGCCCGCCUCCCGCCGGCCGCCCGCCUCCGGGCCGCGAGCCCCUCGGGCGGCUGUCAGCUCCCGGCCACCGCCGGGUGACAGGGGCGGGAGGAGGGCGAGACGCGGCGGCCCGAGCCCUAGAGGGCGAGGGGGAUCCUCGCAGCCGCGGCGGCCGCUCACCUGGAAAGAGAUGGGCCCGGGACAGGGGCCGCGGGGCUCAGGCGGGAGCCGCGAGGCCCGGGCCGCAGCUGUCUGCGUGCGGGAGCCGCAGCGGCCGCCUCCCCUCCCGGGCUGUGGACGCACCGGGUUAUUCCUGGCAGCGCCUCCCCGAACAGAAGUUACUAGGAGGAGUGCGCGGCGAGGACGGACGGGGGGAGAGGCAGUGGGAGGGAGGGAGGAAGAGGGAGAGACUCAGCCAGCGACGUCAUCGGAUCCCCCAGCGUGUCCCAGGGAGGGAGGCUGAACCAGAAAAACCAGUCUGGAGCCAGCGAGCAAGGGAGGGAUGCGCGGCGCGCGGGGCGACGGGGGAGGAAGGCGGUCGGGAGGGCAAGGCCUGGCCCCGCGGCUGCCGCUCCGGGCGGGGAGAUCGCGGCCGCACACUCGCUCGGUCGGAGCGGGGAACUCCCCAGAGAAUUUGGUCCAAGUACUCCGGAUCCCCUGCCUCUCAACGCCCCUGCUGCCUCUACUCACAAUUAUGUUAUCAGUCAAGAAAAGCAAAAAUCAGACUGUGGCUCCUGGCUGCGUUUCUGGAGCUUUGCAGUGUUUUACUAGCACUUUCCCUGCCCUUGCGGGAGCGCGAACUUCUCAAGUGCUCGAAACGCCCGGACGGCCUUCCCUGGAGUCACUCACCAGGGUGCCCCCGGAGCCCCCGGCUCCGGGACCGCGGCCUGCCCUCGCUGGGAUAUUCAAAUAGAUGUGGGCAGCGGCGCGUGGAGCAGCUGCUGGUUUCCUGGUGGGCCACCCUGGAACCCUGGGGGGUGCUGCCGCCUUCAGCCUGUGCGCUUCCCUCACCACGCAAGGGACCAGAUUUGAAAUAUCACCCAGCCCUGGGAGAGCGGGGCCGGGGGGGAUGGGCGGGGGGGGGGGCGGUGGAAUCCCAGGCGAGUGGGAGCCUAAGCUCUGGGCUUCCUCCCCGGCCGGGCGUCACCCGGGGGACACCGGGGCUCCGUCGAGCCGUUACCCUGUUUGUGUGGACUGGUGUACAUCCUCGAGGGAGGUUCCCAGGGCGCCACGGUGCCGGGGCGCGACGAAUGACUGCGGGGCGGGGCCGGGGCCCGGAGCGCCUCCCCGGGGUGGUCUCCCCGCCAAGCGGGGACCUCGCGCAGCCUCUCCCGGGCGCCCCAGCCCCCGCGCCCCACGGCGCCCAGCCGAGCGCCCGGGGCGCCGCGGGCCCCAGCGGUCCUCCCCACCCCGCGGCAGCGCCGCCGCCCUGCCAGGGGCGGAGUAAACUGGAGACGCGCAAGAUUUGACCUGGCGCGACCCGGCUUUCUGGCCGGGGUUCCCCCUGAGCAGGUGACUCCGUGGGAGGCGUGGAAAUGAGUCUCUGGAAUUCCGGGCCAAAGACAAUAACUGUGGUUCUGCUUUUAAACCAGGGUUCCAUGAACUGCUUCCUCUGAGAUGAGAUCUAACAAAGCUGAAGACGAAAAUGUAGUUGUUUACAGCAUGAAAAGGAGGCUACCCUGUGCACAGCAAAAUCAACAGAGAAGAGACAGUCCUAUGCCUUCGAGAAGCAGUCUGCUGAUACUGUCAUGAUGUCUAGUGACAGGCUGGAGAUUAAAACCCGACACCCUCAUUUUCCUGACAGUGAUUUAACCAAGUAGCGUAACAUCGCUAAGAGCUUCAAUUUCCUGCAAAAUUGGGACAAUAGUAUUUGUUUCAUAGUGUUACUGUCAGGGUUAUACGUUAAGCAUUUAAUAUAUGCUGAUUGUUUAUCUAAAUAUUCAUGGUCAGGCACUAACUUCUUAUAUGACUCUGUGCAAUACAUUAAUCUCUGUGCCUGUUUCCUCAUCCAUAAAUUGGGAGUUGAACAAGAGAAAAUAAUUCGAGAAUGAAGCUGAGAAUGAUACAUAAGCCUAGAGUUUUAACUCAGUGAAGCGAUAUGAUUCAGACAGUUCUCUACUGUUUUGCACAUUGUGCGAGGUUCCUAGUAAAAAGGUAAGAUGAAUCUUAUUGCUUUCAAAAACCUGACAAUAUGGUAUGUAGCACAGAAUGAACAUACAUAGAACAAUAUCCAGUAACACAGAUGAAAGUGACAAAGCCAUUGCCAAACAGCGUGAUGCAGAUUGUAAGAUCAGUUUUCUUGGUAGGUGUUCUGGGCCGAAUGUUGGUAUCCUCUAACAUUCAUAGGUUAUAAUCUAAUCCCCAAUGUGAUGACAAUAGUAUUUGGGGGUGAGAACUUUGGGAAGUAACUAGGCAUCAGGGUGGACCCCUCCUAAAUGAGAUUAAUGUCCUUAUAAGAAAAGGCCAGAGAGCUAGCUCACUCUCUUUCAGCAUGUGAGGACACAAGAAGCCCAGAAUCUGUAACCUGAAAGAGGACCCUCACUCGAACCCAAUCAUGCUGAUGCUGUGAUCUUGGACUUUCAGGUUCCAGAACUGUGAGAAACAAAUUUACGUUGCUUAUAAGCCACCCAUUUCAUGCCAUUUUGUUAUAAUGGCCCGAACUAAGACAAUAGGUAUAAAAGAGAAUUGAUAAAGAUGAAAUUUAGGAAAACAAUUAGAAGUGAAAUGCAAAUGACAAGAGGGUGAUCCUGGAGUAGAAAAGUGUCUGUGUCUGGUAGAUUUGAAUAGUUUAGAAAUUCCAAGCCUGUGCAAAAUAGGAGUUACCAAUAAUAAUGGCUGCAUCAUUACAAGGCGUACCCAAAAGACAAUUAAGAGUAAGUCUGUGUUUGUCAAUGGGGAGACUGAGAGUGGGAAAUGUUAAAUAAUCUGCCCACGGUCACUCAUCCACCAAGUAAGAGAGCAGGGAAUCAAGUUCAGAUUAAAGUGCUCUAAAGUUAUUCUCCAGCCUCCUCAUAGCUUCACUUAAUAACCAUUUCCUGCUUUGGUUGACUUUAAAAAGAUGGCCAUACAUUUGAGAGAAAAAGGGGAAGCUAUAAAUCCUUACAUAUGAACAAAUGGCAUCAAUGAAGAUCAUUCACUGCCAGCUAGGCAUGUUCAUCUUCUGUCUAUAUAUUAAUUCCCAGACACCUACCAGACAUACAGUGCUUUAUCUGAGAAGUACACUUGGAGGUCAGUUUUUUGGAGUAAAUUGAUUGAAGUCUUACGAUUCUAGAAAGUUCCUGUAUUUAAAAGAAUUCCCCCUAAAAAUAGUACAAUGAAAUGAAUCACUAAUAGUGGAAUUUCAGGUACUCAGGUACCUGAUAAUAAAAACUAUUUCAAAACAAUGUAACUUUCCUGGCACCUGUCAAAUCACAAUUUUCAUAUGAGAUGUGGCCAGUUGGGUAUUUAAAGACAAUUGGUCAGCUAUUGUGAUGGUUAAUAUUGAGCGUCAACUUCUUUGGACUGAAGGAUACAAAAUACUGUUCCUGGGUGCAUCUAUGAGGAUUCUAUUUGUCUGUUUUCAUGAUGCUGAUAAAGACAUAUCUGAGACUGGGCAAUUUACAAAACAAAGAGGUUUAAUGGACUCACAGUUCCACAUGGCUGGGGAGGCCUCACAAUCAUGGUGGAAGGUGAAAGGCACAUCUCACAUGGUGGCAGAUAAGAGAAGAGAGCUUGUGCAGGGAAACUCUCAUUUUGAAAACCAUCAGAUCUCAUGAGGCUUACUAUCAUGAGAACAGCAUGGUAAAGACCUGCCCCCAUGAUUCAAUUACCUCCCACUGGGUCCCUCCCACAAUAUGAGGGAAUUCAAGAUGAGAUUUGGGUGAGGAUACUAGAACCCAAUCAUGCUGAUGCUGGAAGAGGCAGACCCACCCUCAGUCUGAGUGGGCACCAUCAAUGCUAGUGAAGCUAGAAUAAAGCAGGCAGAAGAAAGUGGAAUGAACAGACUUGCUGAGUCUUCUGGUCAUCAUUUUUCUCCCAUCCUUGAUGCUUUUUGCCCUUGAACAUCAGAUUCCAAGUUCUUCAGCUUUCAAACUCUCAGACUUACAGCAGUAGUUUGCCAGGGGCCCUCAGGCCUUCAGCCACAGACUGAAGGCAGCACUGUUGGCUUCUCUACUUUUGAGGUUUGGGGACUCAGACUGGCUUCCCUGCUCCUCAGCUUACAGGCAGCCUAUUGUAGGACUUCACCCUGUGAUCGUGAGUCAAUUCUCCUAGUAAAUUUCCCUUCAUAUAUACAUAUGUCCUAUUCAUUCUUACCACUAGAGAACGCUGACGAAUACAGAUUUCUAGAUGUACAGAUGAACUGAGAGGCAAACACUCUGAAUUAACAAGACAAAUGAAAAACGUGUUCUGUCAAAGAUCUUCAGCACUGCGCAGACCUCUGUUAGAAUCUUAUCCAAUUCAAAACCUAUCAACCUAAGAAAAAUAUAAAACAUUUGUAAAGCAUUCAGAAGAGACAAAAGACUAAAGCAAAACUAUAUGUUCAAAUACUUAACACUACCAAAAUGUAAUGUGUUUCAGUAAAAUGAUAUAUGUCCUCAACUCACACAAAUUCAUAAAUAUCUAAUAUACACACAUAUAGGAAGUGAAUAUCAGAUGCCUGUAUACUAUAUGUAUUAAGUUAAAACUCAUUUCCAUCCCAAAUAUGUGUGAUAUGUAAAAUAAUAUUCUACGUGUUUUGUUUAAUUGUUGGGGGUCAUUUUAGAUUUUAUUUUUAUUUGCAAAAAAAGAUGUCUACAGACAAAAUUAAUGGAAAAAGCCAAAAAUUAGUACCAAAAGAGGAAAUGAGGAUAAGAAAACACAUGAACACAUAGAAACAUGUAAAAAUACUUAAGCCAGGCUCAGAGAACCAGCAUCCCUGACAGCAAGUGUUGUCAAACAUCCAAGUGUGUUGCUAAGGAAGGUUAGGGAAUCUCCCUUUCCCAGAAGUCUUUAAAAAUAGGAUAACAUCUGUUUGGAUGGGAUAAUGGGGAUAGUGCUUGACUUGGCAGCUCCUUAAGCAAACCUAUAGUUGGGUAAUUCUACCAUUUCUAUUUCUGAUUGUAAAAAGUAACAACUUCAGUUCAACUAGAAAAAUGGGGCUUAUAAUGACUUGUAAUAUUAAUUGAUAAAAUUAUUUUCAUCGUUAUUUGUAGUGCAAAGGUAGAUAAUUGAGUUUUUCAGAGUAUACUUGAAAUUGCAGCAAAGGCUCAAACUUUCCCUACCUAUUUGUAGCAUUUCCUCCAAAAUAUGAGAAAACCAGAGAUGUACUGAGAUUAUCCUUACAAGAAAGUUACAAAGCAUUGUACAUAAUCCUAUAUUUAAUUUUUACCUCCAACUGAGUAAUACCUGUAUCCAGUGGGGCAGAGGUAACAGGAAGGCUAGAUUAUAUAAACCCUAUUAAAAAUUGGAGUCUGCCAGACCAAUAACCCAAGGGGUAAAAUUUAUAUAUUUGGCCCUGGAGAGAAUUUAGACUGUGAUCCAGAUGUAUCUGUACUGCUCUCACCAUCACCAAAAUUUUGCUUUCUACUAUACUACGGGACUGUUUUUCCCCAUUUCAUUUCACUACACAUGUAUUUUUUAAGCUCCUACUUUUGGUGAGGUGUGGAGAGAAAAAGCCCAGUGCCCCUGCCCUUGUGGAACACACAAUCUAAAAAAGGCAUGGGUGGCUCCAAGUGUUGUAGGGUCUUAUGCUAGUCUAAUUUUUGACAUAUAUUUUAAGAAAAGGAAUACACAAUUACAAAUGCAGAAUUACUAACAAAAGGGAAUAUUUAUUGCAUAGAGAAAACGAAUCACAACAAGUUACAAGUUUUAAAAUUCCGACAAAUGCCAGAAACAUCACAAAACGUCAGAAAAAAACUAUAUUUUGUAUUAAUUAACUGACUAAUCACAUCUAUAAUUCUACUUGGUUGCAUAUUGUUGACCACAUGAAAAGAAUUUUCACAUUUUUUCUAUGGAGAGAAAACAAUGAUAAUUCAUUCAGUCAUUAUUUUGGUAUGAUUGAUUGAAAUUUGUUUUCUUUCUGGUUCACAACUCUUUCAUAAAUAUAAGUAAGUUUUCAGGAUGUUUUCAAGUACAGGAAAAUUUCAAUCAAAUUUCUUUGAUAUAUGAACUGCAGGAACUGUAAGAUUUUAGGGCAUUGCUAAUUUCCUGUAUGUAAAUAAUUUUAAAUACUCUGUCAAUUGAUGAUACUUAUUAAUCAGCUUGUCACUGGUGUCCAAGUAAUGGUACAGUGUGAGUUUGAUUUUAUCUCUGUCAAUGUUAGUAUUGUGUAUCAAAUUUGAAAGAAAUUUAAAUAUUUUUCCAUGAGUUCAUGUGAUUCAGUCCUCUGCAUUAAAUGUGUAUCAAAGAAGAAAAAGCCCAUUCAGUACUCCUCUCUUCCUGUUAAUGAAUUAUUGCUCUUUGUAUUAUCUAAAAAAUAUUUCUGUUACAAUUUACAUCUUGAUGUCAGAGCGAUUUCUAUUUGACUUUAUCUCUCAAUUUUUUUCAUAUUCUAUCAAAUUUCAUCUGGAUUUUCUCCGAGUUCCUUAAUACAUUAAGGAAUAGAUG